AUGGGUACAACCUUGGAACUAUACCUCGUCGUUUUGAUUGGUGCACUGCAGGUCUUCAAGCUUAAUAUUGGACUAGUGGUAAAGGCCAGUGCCACCGUCGUCCGUGCUCAACGCCUAGGAGAUCUAGAUCGGCCAACUGCCAAGCAUCCGAACUUCAUAAAGUGUUACAUUGCGAUUUGCCACCCUCAGUGCACUAAUGUUGUGUAG